AUGUGACACUGUAACGCCAGUAGAAGAAGAAGAUCACGCCAGGUUGCAACACAGUAGCAUGUGAAUUUUUGCUUCUCUACUUGUCAGUCAUUUACCUAAAAUUAUAUUGAUGAUUGUAACGUUUGUUUCUGGACGAAGAUGACUACGCAGGCUAUACGUCUUUUCCGUAAAAUGGAUGGUUUGUUUGCUGUGUACAAACCGCAGGGAGUUCACUGGAAACAUGUUCGUGACAGCAUAGAGUCCAGUUUAUUAAAAGCGCUGAACUCCUGUCCUCCACCAGCUCCUCAACUUGCAGUGCAGUUCCAGCUUCUGUCCAGUGGAGAGAACAGCAGCUCCAAAGAUCUUGUAUUGUCACCCUCCAUGCUCCCCACUCUGGCAGACCAUCCUUUAGUGACAGGGCCACAGUUUCACAAGGUUCACGUCGGAGUUGGUCAUCGAUUGGAUGCUUUUUCCUCUGGAGUGUUAGUUUUAGGUGUUGGGAAAAGAAAUGGAGUGCUGGAGCAUUUGUGCAAAUCACAUGUAACCAGGGACUACACACUUGAGGGGGAAUUUGGAAAAGCCACUGAUAAUUUCACAGACACAGGCCGAGUCUUAGAAAAAACCACAUACGACCAUGUUACUCAGGAUAAGCUAGAGAGAGUUCUUGCCAUGAUACAGGGAGCCAACCAGAAAGCCUUAAUUACGUAUUCUCAAGUGGAUCUGCGCACACAGGAGGCUUACGAGCUUGCAGUGAAGGGUUUAUUGUAUCCUCAUGGUAAAAGCCCACCAAUUCUGACUGGUCUACGAUGCAUAAAUUUCAAUCCACCACAUUUCACAUUAGAGGUCCAGUGUGUGAAUGAGACUCAGAAGUAUCUGCGUAAAUUGAUUCACGAGGUUGGGCUAGAGCUGCGGACGUCUGCGGUCUGUUCUGGAGUGCGUCGUACACGAGACGGUCCUUUCAAAGUAGAGAACGCACUCACCCGACAGCACUGGACUGCUGACAGCAUUAUACAAGCUAUUGCUCACUUUCGCAAGACUACCCGCAAAAUCAGGAAAUCUGGAAUGUACAGGCAGACCGCUGGCCAACUGAGUACAGAUGUCCAAGAACAAACCAGAAGUCAAACUGGACAUUCUGAGCAAAUAAAUGAACUGCAUGUUGAACUCUCAAACCCUACUUCUGAUACAGUUGUGGACAGAGAGACACCUGUGACAGUGACUGAGGGGAAUACAAAACAUUAAGUUUUAAAUCAUAAAUCAGAGGUCUCAAACUCAAUUCCUGGAGGGCCUACAGAGUUUAGCUCCAACUCAUACCUGCUUGGACGUUUCUAAUAAACCUGAAGACCUUGAUUAGCUGGAUCAGGUGUGUUUAAUUAGAGUUGGAGCUAAACUGUGCAGAGCUGUGGCCCUCAAGGAAUUGAGUUUGAGACCAAUGUCAAUAAUCAUCUGCCUCAAUUAGGAUGAUUUGAUUUUUGAGUUCUAAGACUUAUUUAUCUGUUCACUGUAAUUUAUGAAUUUGUUAUACAGUCAUCAUUGUGCAUCAUUAAAACUGUAUUUUAGUUA